GGCCGGAAGUCGUGGUCCACAGCCGGCGGCCUGAAUUCACGGCCGUUGUGGCGGUUGCGGCGGUUCUGUAUCCAAGAUCUGAAUGGAGGCGUCCCGGGAUCCCGGCCCGGGGUUGUGCUGCAAGCCCGGCGGGCGUCUGGACAUGAGCCACGGCUUCGUACACCACAUCCGUCGGAACCAGAUCGCUCGGGACGACUACGACAAGAAGGUGAAGCAGGCGGCCAAGGAGAAGGCGAGGAGGCGCCACACGCCCGCGCCCACGCGGCCCCGCAAGCCAGACCUACAGGUGUACCUGCCGCGCCACCGAGAUGGCUCUACCCACCCUGUGAACCCAGACUGUGAGGAGUCCAGCGAAAGCAGCAGUAGUGGAGGCUCUGAGCUGGAGCCUCCUGGCCGCCAGCUCUUCUGUUUAGAAUAUGAGGCGGACAGUGGAGAGGUCACAUCAGUUAUUGUAUAUCAGGACGAUGAUCCCAGAAGGGUGAGUGAGGAAGUAUCAGCACACACACCUCUGGAUCCAGCCAUGCGAGAGGCCCUCAGAUUGCGCAUCCAGGAGGAACUUGCAAAGCGCCAGAGACGACACUGAUGGUGUUGAAGGCAGGAGUCACUGCAUUUGGCAGAAUUUUGCCCAAGGAACUCACCUCUAGUUUGGGGGUGCCAGGACGAGUCCAUGUGAUCUUCAGGGAUCCUGUCCUCCUCUAAGCUGCUGUAUGCACAGGGUCUUGCAGGACCACAUCUGACCUACCUCUCAGCAGCCAUUCUUUCUUGUCCCAUUCAUCUAACCUAACAUUCUGAAAGUUUAUGACAGCUUUGGCUAACUUAGUGUUUCGGGAGCAGAGACUUCAGGGAGAGCCAGGCUUUCUGAAGCCUUUGCCUGUGUGUUCCUGGCUUGAUGAGGUCAUUUGUUAGGCGCCUUCGUGUUUCUGCUUUGGUCCACUCAUCUUUCCCUAAACCUGUUUUCAGUUGUCACUUUUCCUUUCUCCUUUUUACCUUAGGUAGAAUUCAUUUCCCUCCACUCCCCAACAUGAUUGUUUCUCUGCCACUCAGGAAUUUAGAAGUGGGGCUUCUGGGCUUCUGUCUUCCUAACAAGUUCUCCAAGUAAUUCUGAUGCCAAUAAAACAGGAGAGCUUUGGAUUUGGGGCCUAUUUGGAAA